AUUUGGGUGGUUUACACAAGAUUAAAAAAAGAAUAUUGUGUAUUGUUAGCAUUUAAUGGCGUCGUUAAAUAUCGUCCUUGGCCUUUGUAAUACUAUAAUAUAACCCAACAAUAUCUAAAAUCAAUUAGGUAUUCCUCCUUCUCUUCUCUUUGAUACAAAGAAAAGAGGUUAACAAAAUCAUGAAAGCUCUUACCUUAAUCCUCACAUUCUCCAUAAUUGUUGUUUUGUCACAUGCAACACCAACAAUGUUCUAUCGACAUAGACCACCUUCUUACAUUACCAAACCACAAAAUGGAACAUGCAAAUACACGAUCACCGUAAAGACAAGCUUCCUUUCUCAAGCAGAUACAAAAAAACUCUUUAUCAGUAUUUUUUUUGGAGACGCUAAGGACCGUUGGAUUGAUAUUAACAAACUGAAUGAUACCCAAUCUAAGAUGUUCGGGCAAAACGCGAAAAGUAUAUUUACGACAAUGGGACCAUGUCUCGACAAAAUCUGCAAAGUGAGCAUAGUUCAGGAACCAUUAAAAUCGCUUUUUCUAUGGCGUGCCAAACAAGACUCUAUGAAAUGGAUAAUAGAGUAUGUCACCAUAGAAGACUCUAUGAACCCUCCUAUCACAUUUUAUUUUGACUUGGAUGACUAUAGGCGCAACUUUUGUGAUAUAUUUUGGUUUUAAUUACGUUCCUAAACUACUCUACUAUUGUAAUAAACUUUUUUUAACAAAGAUAAGUUUAUUAUAUUUCAUCAAAUAUAGAAGCUAAGGUUUCUUCUAUAAUAAGUGUUUUAUGUACUACAUAAGUAACAAAUAUUUACUUGUAAUGGUGUGUUCGUCACCAUGUUGCUACUUUUAUCGUCUCAUAUUUUUGUUACAUAUUAGAAUGUUCCUAAACUUCUCAAUUAUUAAUAAUAGUAUUCAAGAUAUAUUUUCAUA